AUGUCAAACGCUGUUAGUAGGGGGCCUGGGAGAGGAAAGCCCAAUCACGACCACAAUGGUGGACCGAUGCCAGAUCAGUCGCAGGCAUUCGUGAUGCCGUUCAUCAACCAACCCAAUCAACAGACUUACCCGGCAAGAAUUCCCCAUCAUCAGAUGCCACCACAAACGUACCAGAACCAUUAUAUGGGACAGCAUCAACCGCACCAAUAUCAAUAUCAACCACAGCAACAGCCACCACAAAUGCAACCGCAGCAAUACGGUGCGUAUCCUCGACAGGACUACGGUCAGCAGCAAAUGUACAACAACCAACAGUAUCCGUAUCAACCACAACAGCCCGUCUAUCAAUCAGACACUGUUACCUAUCCCCCAACACAAGCUGCGAUGACAACACCUAUGCAGCAAGAGCCAAAACGGCAGCGGAAACUGCUUGAAAUUGUGGAUCCAACCACCAAGAAACCAGUUGACGUUACACCUCAUCAUGUGCCGGCUCCAGUUGUGCCUGUUCCCGUCGUUCCCGUGACCCAAGAAGACGAGAUAAAGAAGGAGCACAUCAAUCGGGAAUUCUUGGAACAGGUCAAAAAAGGAUUGUCAUCAAAUGUUGCAUCUGAUGAUGGUCAUCAAGCCUCUCAACCUCAUGUUCCAGUUCCAAGACAUGAUGGUCAUCAGGCUACUCAAGCGCAUGUUUCAGUACCAAGACAUGAUGGCCAUCAGGCCGCUCAAGCUCAUGUCCCAGUUCCCGGGCUUCCUAAUUUCAGUGUUCCUCCACCAAAUAUUGUUCAUCAGUCCCCUCCUGCGGUUACGGUUCAACAAACUGCUCCAUCAGCACCAAAAACUCCUGAAGCACCAGCCAAAGUGGAAACACCAACUCCACAAACAGAUCACAUUACACCGAUUUCGUCACCACAAGCGUCCGAGACGGCAACGACCACACCUGGAAGUGGAACUGCUGAAGCUGCGCUGACUUCGGAGGCUCGUGUGACACCAACCCUCUUGAAAGAAGAGUCGAAGGAAGAGUUUGAUGAUGACAAGUUUGAUGAAAACGAGCGUAUUGACACACCAGAUAUGACUGAUUCUCAAAUUGAGAAAACACCAGAAGAGUUGGCAGAGGAAGAAGCUCAAAAAGAAGCUGAAGACAACGAAAAGAAACGACUCAAAGAAGAAUCCCUUGAAACACGCGUCGACCAGCUCAUAGAAUCCGGUGAUGCCAAUGUUACGAACGGAACAUUCGGAAGAGCUUUUAUGGUCACCAUUCGUGAGAUUGAGAAACUUUUCUGCCGUACUCCAUGCCCACUGUCACCAAGUCAACUUGCCGAUUUCGGGUUGGACAUUAAAACGAUGCGAGUCGCUGACAAAAAACCAAACUUCACACCGAACUGGGUUCCAAACAACAAAGGAAACCGUCAGCAAAAUCCGUACCGUGGACGGACUACCACCGAUGGAACAGGUCGUGGAGCUCAACAACAAAGAGACCGAGGGGGUCACAACAAACGGCCACCACCGGUUAGACAGUCUAUCGAAAGAGUUCAACGAGUCACACUCCAAUCUUCAAAAGAUGCAUGGAAGCCAGAUCGCCAGAAGGGUUCAGAAAACAUUCCAGAAGAUGAAGCGGCGGUGAAAGAAGUAUGCAAAAAGGUGCGCGCAUUGAUGAACAAAGUCACUCCAACCUCUCAAGGACCUCUUACGGAAGAGUUUAUUUCUUACAAGGUCUCUUCCAACGAUAAUCAACUCGCUCAAGUUGUCGGAAUUAUCUUUGACAAAGCAGUUGAAGAACCAAAGUUCUGUGCUCUCUACGCAGAAAUGUGCAAGUCUCAAGUCGAUCACGAGCUCCGCGAGCAUAAAUCCAAAUCAGCUUUCCGAAACACAAUUCUCACAAGAACACAAGCUUUCUUCCAAGAUAAAAGAGACAUUGAUGCCGAUAAGUUAGCAGUUAUCGAGAAAGAAGAAGAUCCAGUGAAACGCGAGGCUCUUCUUGCUGAAGAAAAACAAAAGUUCAGAAGGAGAAAGUUCGGAGUCAUGGCCUUUAUUGGUUAUCUCUUCAAAAAUGCUCUUCUGUCAACUAAGAUUAUUCACGCAUGUACUUUUGAGUUGUUCACAUCAAUUCUGCCGAAGAAAAUUGAUGACGUGGAUCAAAAACUUCGAAAAGAAGAUAUUGAUGAGGAGUCAGUGCAUUGCGGUCUCCAACUUAUAGAAACUGUCGGAAAUGUACUUGACAAGCCUACUUCACCUUUCUUAGAUCAAUGGUUCCAAAAAUUGGACAUUGCUAAACCUUUCUGUUCAAACAAGAUUCGUUUCAUGAUCAUGAAUCUUAUCGAAUUGAGAAAAGACAAGUGGAUUCCAAGGAAAUCUACCGAGUCCGGACCAAAGAAGCUUGAUGAAAUCCACAAAGAUAUCCGACAGGAGAAAAUCGAGAACGAGAAGGCUCGCGAUCAGUAUGAUCGGGAUCGUGAUCGUCGCCACGGAGGAGGCGUGAGACCGAACAGCAAUUCACUUAGAAAACAGGCCCCGCCAACAAGAAAUUCGUUGGAGAGAAAUAACAGAGGACAGCAUCCAGACCAGAAAAGAGCUGCAGCAGCAGCUAACACAAAGCUAGCUUCUUCAAGUGUUCAACCAAAGAACAUUUCAUUAUCCGCAGUAGAUAACUCGACUCUUGGAAAAACUAAGAAGGAAUGGCAUUCUGGAGCUUCUGGAGGUGGAAACACGUCAGAAUCAGCCGCCGCUCCAGGUCCACCAAAAUCAGCUUGGGGACGUCGUGAUUCUAACGAUCAGCGGAAGAAAUCAAAUGUGGAUGAUAAACAAUCUGCUUUGGCUGCCGCCGAAAAGAUUGGUGCAAUGUCAAUCUCGGCUCGACGAUCCACAUCGCAGACCUCUAUUCCUGAUAAGGUUGAUGAAGAGCCUACGGAGGAGGAAAUGGAAGGAAGAAUGAAGAUCAUGAGUAGAAUCAAGUCCGACAUCCAAGAAGUUAUCGAAGGAGCCUCAACCAAAGAGGAAUUGGUGGCUGAUAUCGGCAGUUACAUCGGAAAACCAAACUUCGGAAAUGCCUCGUUACCAGUUUUCUAUGAGAUGGUCAUCAGAGCUGUCAGUGAAAAGAAUUUGAAAGAUAACGAGCGAAAACUUCUUGCUUGUAUUCUCCGUAUGUCACUCACUUCAAAAGUCGAGAAGCAGGCUUUCAUUGAUGGAGUGACUCGAUUCUGCAAGUUCGCUAUUGACACUGAACUUUACCAGGAUUUCCCACAUCUUUGGUCAUACACCGCUGAAGUUCUCAUGCAUACGAUCCACGCUGACCCCAAAUUGAUAGGAGAAAUUUCAGUAGAGUCAAUAAACUUGGCCGAAAUGAAAUCAGUUUUCCUUGCUGCCAAAAUGGAAGGAAAGAAGAAGUUCAGCUUAUUCGUUCUAGUACUUAAGGAAUGGACUGACGCUGAAUUAACCGAAACUGGGAAAGUCGAGUCACUGUCCUGGGAUUGGCAAGAUCUGCCUUACAGAGAAGAAAUGGAGAAAGACGGUCUGCGGAAGGAGAUGGAUGAAGUGACUGCAUCAAACGGAAAGACGUUGUCGAGUCUUCUGUAUUCCAACUAA